AUGAAAAGAAUCAUAAUUUUUUCCAUAAUUUUUGUACUUUUGGUCUUGCAACAAGUGUCUUGCGCUCGUAACGACAUACAGGGAUACCGUAAUGGAUACCGGUCGUAUCCAAGACCGUCACGACCAUCUCCCGGUGACAGGCAAUUUGGCGAAAACUACGGGUGGAUGUACCAUCGUGGCGAGGGUUACUGGUAUCACCCAGUGUCCAUGUGGAGGUGGCGUCCGAAUAAUGGGUGGAGGCAAUACCCUCAGCGCAACAACAACAAUCAUAAUUACAACAAUAAUUAUUAUUACCGUUGA